CUGGCCAACAUGGAUGAGGCGCGCGAUCGAGCAGUCGUGGAGCUCAACCGGCUGGACACCGUGCAGGGCCUCGUCUGCCACCCCCAGGGCAUCAACAAGCGCGAGGUGGAGUGCAGCCUGGAGAUGUCGUUUGUGAUGGAGGCGGAGAUGGUGUUCACAACGCUCAGCAGCACGGGGCGCCGAAUCUUCCAGCGCCUGGAGGGGACGCCCUUUGAGACCGUGCUCAUCGACGAAGCCGCCCAGGCCUCCGAAAUCGCCGCGCUGCAGCCGCUCGUCUUCGGCGCCAAGAGGGCGGUGCUGGUGGGCGAUCCGCAGCAGCUGCCGGCAACGGUGAAGUCGGCCAAGGGCAAGGAGCUGGAAUUGGAGCGUUCCCUCUUUGAGCGCCUGCAGCGCGCGGGGUGCCCCGUCAAGAUGCUGAGCGUGCAGUACCGCAUGCACCCCACCAUCCGCGAGUUCCCCUCCAACUACUUCUACAAUGGUCGCCUGGAGGACGGGAAGUCGGUGAAGGAGGCAAAGCCGCCGGUUUUUUACGAGCACCCGCUGCUGAAGCCGUACGUGAUCUUUGAUGUGUCCCACGGCCGUGAGCAGCGCGGGGGGUCCAAUGGGGGAUCCCUCAGGAACCAGGCAAGCCCGUUUUUUUACUCCUGCUUCUUGACAUCUCACUCAAUAUUCUCUGGCUGGUUGGCCAUGCAGCUUGGCGGCUGCGAGGUGGGCGUAGUCACCCCCUACAAGCAGCAGAAGACCUGCCUACGCGAUACCUUCCUGCGCGCCGCCGGGCCCGAGGCUAGCGCCAAGGCACGGCCCCUCCUUACUGUGAUGAUAGAGACGGUGGACAGUUUCCAAGGCAAACAGCUGGACGUGAUCAUUCUGUCGUGCGUGCGCGCCUCCGACCGCAAGUCCGGCGUCGGCUUCCUAGCAGACGUGCGCCGCAUGAACGUGGCCAUCACCCGUGCCAAGCAGGCGCUAUGGGUGCUGGGCAGCGCAGCGACGCUGGAGAGGAACCCGGUGUGGGCGGCUCUGCUGGCCAACGCACGCGAGCGGGGCUGCGUCAUCAAGGAGGCCAAUGCCAGGUGCCUCACUUUUCUACCUCUUGAUGAAAUGUAG